AAAAUCUUAUGCAUAGAAUUGAAUUCGGGAACAAUGAAGAGUAGGAAUGUAUUUAUAUUUCUGAGUGUUUUUACAUGUGUUAUUUCUGCCGACGUAGAUAGAGAGUUAAUCGUAGCUGAAUGUGCACAGCAAAAUGGUCUAUCUGAAGAAGACCUUGAGAAGUGGAUCAACUAUCAGAAAAAUAGUGAAGAAAAAUUUCUCUGCUUCAUGUUAUGUUGCCACCAGAAGGACCGCUCCUUGGAUAUGGAUGGCAAAUGGGAUCAGAAGUUUCUGAGCCAACAUUUGAAUGAUAUGUAUCUGAUAAAUAAUACUCUCAAAACUCAAGUUAUGGAAUGCUUCGCCAAUAUCCCUCCAAUUCGCACAUGCUUGGAUAUGAAAUUAAUCGAAAAGUGUAUUCCUGCUAUGAAGAUAAGGAAUUGCCCCGAUGAAUACGGAAUAAAUCAACAGGACAUUGGAAAUUUCACAAAGAACCCAAGCGAGCCAUCGGAAAAGAUGCUCUGUUAUUUGAAGUGCAGUUCGGAAAACGACGAUUUAAUAUUCGAGGAUGGUACACUUAACAUGAACUUUCUGAAGGAAUUGAUCGACAGGAUGGAUGAUAUGAAAGAAGAAGAAAAAAACAGCGUCGAGGAAUGUUUAUCAAAAGUACCUCCAGUGAAAAGCUGCCGCGAUUUUCUACCGUUCGCAAAAUGUGUGCAGAAUAUGAAUUUAUUCUAGUCUAGUCUAGGAAUUACGUUUAUGUGAAAUUAAAUGGGAAUUUUUAGUUGAAUACUCAUCAUUCCUCUUUGAAAUAUAGAUCUUCUUAUUUUGA